ACACAUAAGUUCCCUGUCAAAGCACUUCAAAAAAAAAAAGCUCGCUCUCAAGUUCAAGGCUCUGUGAACACAACACUCACUUUGCUUAUUCUUUUCUCCAAAACCCCCAAAACCUCUCAAAUUGAGAAACCCUAUUUCAAUUUUCUUAAAAUCAACAGUAACGUUGUAACCAAAACAUUAUUAUUCAUCAAUCCCGAAUUCGGACUUUUGCGCUAAAACCCUAACGUUCCGAGCAUCUAUUACUCGAUUGAAAUUAGGGUUUUCUCUAAAUUAGUUGGGAAAUGGACCGAAGUAAACUUAAUGGCUCAAGUUUUACCUCUCAGUCGAUUAACGGUGUCAGAUUUGCAUCUUCACCUUCACAGCCAGAAUACAGCAGCAAAGCUGUUCAGAAUGCUCUGCAACACUUGGCGACAAUUGAUCUAUUGGAUUUGUGCAAUGAAGCAAAAGUUGAACGAUGCCGUGCCAGCAGAGAUCUGAGGAGUUGUGGCCGCCUAGUGGAGCAUGUCUUAACCUCAUGUGGGCAUGCAUCUUUGUGUGCAGAGUGCAGUCAGCGAUGUGAAAUCUGUCCUAUAUGUCGAACUUCUUUGCCUAAGAGUGGCAAUAUACUUCGGCUUCGCCUUUACAAUGAAUGUGUUGAUGCAGGUCUUAUCUUAAAAGAUUGCAAUGACAGAUGCCAAGAAAAGGAAGAUGACAAAACAUACCUUGCUGCUGAAAUUCAGCGUCUUUAUUCUUUGUUUGAUGUUGCCAUGGAGAACAAUUUAUGCUGCUUGAUAUGCCAUUAUGUUACAGAUGUUUGCAUGGAUGAAAAUGCUGUAUCAAGUGAUCCUGUAACAGCUUUUCUGCUGGAUGAGGUGGUUGUCAAGGACUGGUGCAAGAGGACAUUCAAUACUAUCAUAGCACAAGUUCAAGGGAUUUAUAAUCUUGAACUUAAGGAGAUGAAUUCAAAAAUGGAUGCACUUUUAAUGAUAUCAGCCAAACUGGUGGGCUUGUCCAGUGUGCUGGAAGUAUUGAACAUGACGUUCAAGGACACACAUUCUGCAAGACUUGAUGAUCUCCACCAGCUUCAAGAGAGCAUAGUGAAGACCAAGCAGCAUAUGGAAAUGAUGUUGUGGUGCAUCAGACAUCAAUUUUUGGAGAACUUAAGGUCUCGGCACAACAAUGUAUUUUCAUGGCGUUCACUUGUGCAUGAAAGGAAGUUAGCUGCAGUGAAGCGAGCAUGGCCUGAACCAGUUGGAUUUUCUGAAGAGUCUACAGAACCAAACAGUUCAAGUCUCUUUAUUGAGGAUGCCUUGCUGAAUCUUGAAGUUGGCUCAUCUGAUGAGCAAGCAAGUGCUAUUGAACUUGAGGUUGCAUCCUUACAAAGGGACGGUGGUUCGUCUUUCUUUAGGUCGAAGAUAGAGGGAUUUAGAGGCUGCUAUCCAUUUGAAAAUGUGAGGGCGGCCGUAGAUACACUCUUCCUUUGUGGAAGUUCUGAUAUGGUGGUCGCCAAACGUGCAAUCUUUUUAUAUUAUCUUUUUGAUCGUCAUUGGACAACUGCUGAUGAUGAUUGGAGGCAUUCUGUAGAUGAUUUUGCUGCUUCUUUCAGCAUAACCAGGAGCUCUUUACUGGAGUCUAUUUCAUUUUAUCUUUUGGAUGAUCAUACAGAUGAAGCCCUUCAGGAAGCUUGCCACCUUCUUCCAGAAAUCGCAAAUCCUGAUUCUCAUCCUAAGAUUGCAAAAGUUCUGUUAGAAAGGAGAUCUCCUGAUUCAGCGCUUAUGUUUCUGCGGUGGUGUGGACGCGAUGGUGGAGCUGAGGUGUCUUUGAGUGAGGCAGUUACAGCAGUUAGGGUUAGAGUGGAAUGUGGUCUUCUAACAGAGGCUUUCAUGUACCAGAGGAUGCUUUGCAUGAAUGUCAAAGAGAAUCAAAUGAAUCGUAAGUUUCCAGUAGAUGUGUCGGACGCUUUUGAAGAUGAACUUAGAAGUUGGAGUGAUUGGGUGCUUGUGUUGGUGACUGAAAUUUGCUAUCUUUGUGUUCGGAGAAAUUUAAUUGACCGUCUCAUAGAGUUGCCCUGGAAUCAUGAUGAAGAGAAGCAUCUUCAUAAAUGCCUUUUAGAUUGUGCUACGACUGAUCCUUGUACAAGUGCUGGAAGUCUUCUUGUUGUGUAUUAUAUCCAGCGCCACCGGUACAUUGAUGCCUAUCGUACAGAUAGGGAGAUCCAAACAGUAGAGGAGGAUUUCAUAUCAAAGAGUUAUGUUGAUGAAGCAGUCUUGUGCAGAAUGAGAUCAUCAGCUGGCUGGAGAGCAGGGCUUGUUAAUAAAGCUGUGGAAUUGCUUCCUGAAGUGGAGCAGCAGCAAUUAAAGGCUGGAAAAUUACCUGAGGAUAUGGUAUUAUGUGGGGAUGAGGUUGCUUGUCCAAGAGAAGCAGAGAUUGUUAAGGAGCAAGAAGCUGUCUUCAUGUCCUCACCCUUGAGCUCUUCCCUAAUUUUACAGAUGGACCAAUAUAAUACUUCUUUCCGGCAUUCUAGUUAUCCAAUUUCUAAAUCAACCGGACAUGUUGGAAAUGCUGAAACAGGAACUUCUCAUACAAAUUUCGUUCUGAACACUGGGUCAUUAUCAAAGCCUCCAUUUAGCAUUGCGAAAAAUUCCAAGAUGGAUGAUGUUUCAACUCCCGGAGUUCAAUUCAUGAAGGGUACGGCAACUAAAGAUGAUGUGAGUAGAACUUCAUCUAGGUUCUUUCAUGGCGAAUUUCUAGAUGCUCAACUGGAUGGGAUCUCUCCCCAGGUUGAGAGAAAUGGUCUUUUUGGACCACUCCUUAAGGUCAGUCCUCCACAUUCCCGUAGAGUUAUGGCUAAACCAACAAGGACCCCAAGUAGCAACCGUGGCUUGCUUGAUCACUCACCUGAAGAAAGAUAUGAAACUGCCUCUGGUAAAAGGUUCUCACCCAGCGACCCAGAUAGACAUGGAAGCAUGGCUUCAAAAGAUGCAAUGGAUAUAUCUUGGAGCCAAGAAGCAUAUGACUCUGCUGCUACAAAAUGUAAUAUUAGUGGUGCUCAAAGAUGGAGGUCGGAUGAAACUAGUGAUGAGGAAGAGCAGCUAAGUUUGGAAAAUUCAACCGUUAUUCCUUCUCAUCCAACGCCCUUGAGAAGAAGCUCUAGAAGGGGUAGAGUGUCUCGGAGAUAAACCUAUGGAUUUUCACCUUAAAAAGACUGCUUUUGUCCUCAAUUUUUGGAUCUGGUUUCUGCUAUGAGAGGUCGAGUACUCGCAAAAACACAAGAGCUGUAAAAUCAGAAAGAACAUACUGCAGUAUACUUCUACUUAAAGUUGCUGAAGUUGGUUUCUUUACAGCCUCUGAUGGUAAGAGAAUACCUAGGCGCACAGUUUAAAUUUUUAUUUAGUGUUCUUUUUAUAUUGGGAAGGAAUGAUACUGCAGAAUCAUGCGUAAGAAACCUAUGUAUGUGAGGCUGCAACCCGUGCAUCGUUUGCACUUGUUCCUCCUGGCUUUUUUGCAUCUUCGCGCAGCUCCUCACUCUCAGCAAUUGUAUUCUAUGUACUCUGAAAUUAUUCGAGAAAUAGAAGAUAUGAUCAUGUGAAGUUCUGCUUUUGGCCGCAUUAUGCAUUUCAGUUAUCAAUUGGUGGGAUUUGUUUCAGGUGUGCCCAAUUCCAAGCAAUGAAGCAAUUUUGUUUUCGAUUUUUGAAGUCCAUUUACAUUUUAAACUUGGGUAGUUGCCUGCAAGUAUGCAAGGCUGCAUCCUUGAUUAUCAGUUAUCAUGUUUUUGAUAAAGAUUCUUUGUUUAUUUUUAGUUUGCCCGUUUCACAUUUGAGUUACGUCGGGAUGUUAACUAGACAUGCUCGAGUUGGAUACUUUAGAUCGGCUCAAAAUUCAAUCUCGAGUUUGAGCGUGUUUAGGUCCUUUAGUUUUUAGGCUCGGCUUGCUUUUUAGCUCGAUCUUGAGUUGAUCGUGAAGCCUGUAUAGUUUAAUGUUUCACUUGAUAUCAGGUUUACCAGUGAAUCAUUGCUAGACUAAAAAUGUUCUUUCAAGUUCUGGUUUUUGAUCUUUCAAAUUGAAAUAUUAAAUUUUAUUAUAUCGAUUAUAUAAGUUUUUAGAUUAUAUUUUGUUUACUCGGUUCAGAUAUUUCAUGAACACCACAUGUGAAGUUGAUUUUU